GGGGUUGGGGGCCGCCGUUCGCGGCGCUAGGACCGGGCGCGGCGGCGGGCGGAGCCUCCCCGCCGCUCGCCCCUCCGCCCGGCCGCUGCGGCAGUGUCUCGGAGGCGGGCAGGCGUCCGGUCCCUCCGGUCCCCCGGCAGCAUCCCGGCCCCGCCAUGGCUGGCGUCGGCUUCGCGGCGCACCGCCUGGAGCUGCUCGCCUCCUACCAGGACGUGAUCGGCGAGGACAGCCCCACCGACUGGGCCCUCUACACGUACGAGGAUGGCUCCGAUGACCUGAAGCUGGCAGCGUCGGGAGGAGGGGGUCUGCUGGAGCUCUCCGGCCACUUCGAGAUCCAGAAGGUGAUGUACGGCUUCUGCAGCGUCAAGGAUCCCCAGGCCGUGCUCCCCAAAUAUGUCCUCGUCAACUGGGUGGGCGAGGACGUGCCCGACGCCCGCAAGUGCGCCUGUGCCAGCCACGUGGCCAAGAUCGCCGAGUUCUUCCAGGGCGUGGACGUGAUCGUCAACGCCAGCAGCGUGGAGGACAUCGACCCGGGGGCCAUCGGGCAGCGGCUCUCCAACGGGCUGGCCCGCGUCUCCAGCCCCGUGCUGCACCGCCUGCGGCUGCGGGAGGACGAGAACGCCGAGCCCGUGGGCACGAGCUACCAGAAAACCGACGCCACCGUGGAGAUGAAGCGGCUCAACCGGGAGCAGUUCUGGGAACAGGCCAAGAAAGAGGAGGAAUUGCGCAAGGAGGAGGAGCGGAAAAAGGCGCUGGACGCGCGGCUGCGGUUCGAGCAGGAGCGCAUGGAGCAGGAGAGGCUGGAGCAGGAGGAGCGGGAGCGGCGCUACCGGGAGCGCGAGGAGCAGAUCGAGGAGCACAGGAGGAAGCAGCAGAGCAUGGAGGCGGAGGAGGCCCGGCAGCGCCUGAAGGAGCAGUCCAUCUUCGGGGAGCAGCAAGAGGAGGACGACAGGCAGCAGCUCCGGAAAUCGGAGUCGGAGGUGGAGGAGGCCGCUGCCAUCAUCGCCCAGCGACCCGACAACCCCCGGGACUUCUUCAAGCAGCAGGAGCGGGUGGCAUCGGGCAGCAGCGACGCCAUCUCACCGGGCAGCCACAGGACAGGUCGUCUGCACUGUCCUUUCAUAAAGACAGCUGACAGUGGGCCGCCUUCUUCCUCCUCCUCCUCCUCCUCCCCCCCACGGACCCCCUUCCCCUAUAUCUCCUGCCACCGCACCCCAAAUCUCUCCUCUUUCUUCCCAUGCAGCCAGUCGGACGCCUACCGAAAGGCUUCGGCAGUGGGCUGCAGCCCCUGCGAGUCCAGCCCGGCCUCCACGCUGCUGGGCCAGCAGGGCGCCCGCGGCUUGGCCGAAGAGACGCCAGCAACGCCCAAAGACUCCCCAAGCCCCAGCAGCGCCCAGGUGGCCGAGCCAGCGGUGGCCGAGCAGCACUGGCCCUUCCCGGGCCCCGAGGACAAAACCGCGGAGCCCCCGGGGGACGAGCCCGACCCCAGGCCGGCGUGGGCAGCCCCUGACGCCCUGGGGGACCUGGUGACCCUGGAGCCCACCGACCCAUCCCCGCUGCCCGCGGCGGCCGAGCCGCAGCCCACGGUGCCGCCCGGCGCUGCCGAGCCCCUCAUCGAGCUGUGGCAGAGCGACGGCGCCGCCGCCGCCACCGCCUGGCCCCUGCCCGUCGCCCCCACGCCCGCCCCCGAGGGACCCCCGGCCGCCCCCGACGAGGGGCCGCUGCUGAGCCUGGACGAGCUGCCCGAGCCCCCCGCCACCUUCUGCGACGCAGAGCGGGAGGAGAUGGAGGAAGAGGAGGAGGAGGAAGAGGAGGAGGCCAUUGCGGGGGGCCCCCACCCGGCGGGGCUCGGCUACCAGGACGCCGGCCCGGGCCACGAGCCCCCCCUCAUCACCAACGGGGAGAUGGCCCCCAAGGACGGCACGCCGGGCCGCAGCGAGCAGGCCAGCGAGGGCUACUUCAGCCAGUCCCAGGAGGAGGAGGUGCUGCAGCCCGAGGAGCCAUCGGCCAAAGCCCCCCAGCCCGUCUUCUACAACAAGCCCCCAGAGAUCGACAUCACGUGCUGGGACGCAGACCCGCUGCCCGAGGAGGAGGAGAGCUUCGGGGGCGGCGUGUAAGGCUGGCCCCCGCUGCUGGCGCACGCAGCCAGGCCCCUGCCGAUUCGGGGUGCGAGCGGCCGCGGCCAGGGGCCGGCCCCGGCCCCCUCCCCGCUGGGGCCCCGCAGGAUGAGGCCUCCGGGCGGGAGCCGGGGGGAGGGGGGAGGGGGGCCGCCCCGCAGCACCCCCGCCCCGGGGCACCUUUUACAGCUCCCCCCCCCCCCUUCUCUUUCUCUCUCUCUCUUUUUUAAGUUGUCGGUAGGAGACGUGUCAACCCCCCCAUGAGCCCCCGUUAGUUGCCCCCCCCCCCCCCCGACCCGCCCCGGCUCCCUAUACUGGGGGGGGGGGGGGGGGGGGGGGGAUGGGGUACGCGUGCAGCCCCCCCAUGGCCCAUGUCCAGCCGUGGGAUAGGGGCCUCUCUUCUCUUCUUGCCCUCCCCCGGCCCCCCCCCAGUACUUUGCACGAGUUCAACAAAAAAAAUGAAAAAACAGAAAAAAAACAGCGGAAUAAUAAUAAUAAUAAUAAAUGAAUAUGGCAAUAAAGUGACCCUACCGAGGCGAGGCUGCGGCCGGCGGCACCCCCCACACACACACACCCCCCAAAACCCUGGGGGGACGUGGGGAGCCAGCGUGGGGCUUCCCCCCCUCCCCUCCUUGCCAGGAGCCCCCCCCGGGCGCAGGGCUUGCCCGCCGGAGCCCCCUCCCCAUUUCCCUCCCUGCUUCGCCCCUCGCUUGGCCCCUUUCUUCCCCUACGGUAACUGUUUUUGGAAAGCACAAGUUCUGUAACGGCGGCGUGCUGAUGUAUGUUAAUAAAUAAAAGCGACUCCCA